AAUUGUUCAAUGUGCCCGCCUAUGGACCCCUACAGGAUGGCCUCAGAGUUCCUGUGAGAUCUCCUGUUCUUUUAAUAUGUAUUUGCAGGACAAAAGCAGUCAAAGCGAGUGCAUCAUCGUCGUCCGAACUCGACAUAUUACAAGCACAAACUGGUGUUGUUCAAGCACUUCAAGCAUACUUGUUCCGUGUGGUGGUGGCGAAGGAAAAUUGUGCGUUUUUACAAAAAGUCAAGCAUGCAGUUACGUGUGUAACCACCUUAACGUACCAGUUCGAUUUCAUGUUCUGCAGUUGUGGUGAUCUGUCUUCUGCAAGCUGGGCCAUCAUCAGCUUUCAUGUUCAAGAGGAGACUGCUCUGUGUACAUUAAUUCCGAGCACAUUUAAAUAAUACUAGUAGACCCUGGACACCCUAUGAUGUACCAAAGCACAGCUUACUGCAUUCAGUAGAGAAGGAAAAAGUGGAAUACCUCUCUUGCUAUGCAGACUUCACUAAAGGUGGUGAAAGGUAAAGGUGGUUCGGGGAAGACCACAUCUGAUAUAGCAGUAACGGAUGAAUUGGACUCGUGGAUGAAAACAAAGCAGAUGAUCAGACCUGAAGACCAGGUGGAACUCAACGAACAGGACCUGAAGGAGGAAAUUACUCGAGUACUUACAAUGCAAAAUCCUCAAAUUCCUUCUAAUAUUGUUGAAUUCAGUUUUAAGGAAGGUCGCUUUACACCUGUACCACCAGUUACACAAACAAUAUUGCUCUUGGAAAUUGAAGGUACCAUCCUGUGUAAGGACUCAGAUGAAGCAAAAUUCCAGUUGGAAGGAAAUUUGGACUUUGAAGAUCAAGACAAAAGCAUGAAAAGAAAUUCUGAAGAAUUGAAUGAAAUUAUUUUAGAGGAUGAAAAUGCAGAGAAAGAGAAUACAGAAAUAGAGUAUGAGGGAAAAGAAGAUGAAAAUGAGAUUGCUAAAGAAGGAGAAGAUAAACAAGGAGAGGGAGGAGGAGGAGGAGGAGGAGGAGAAGGUGAAGGUGAAGGUGAAGAGGAAGCAGAAGUAGUAUCAGCAGUGCCAACAAAACAAGCGCCUGGAGGGUCUGCUCAUUUUAUAAAAUCAGGUGCAAAGAAGCUCACCAACCAGUUCAAUUUUUGUGAACGAGGAGCGCUUACAUACAAUAAUCCAUUCAGGAAUCUUGAAACACAAACUGUGCCUCCCCCACGAGCUAACUUCGCAGGACAAGUCAUGCAGUGGAUAAUUUAUGAUGCAUACCAGCAAGAUUUUGAAGUGCAACAGCGGGAGAAAGAGAAAGAAAAGAAAGAUAAAGUUGUUCCAAAUCAGAAACCUGAAGCCAAGAGAAAGGAUCUUCAAGCAACAGCAGAUAUCUCCAACCGUACUCUUCUUGCAAUUAAAACUCUUGAAAGAAUGAUAAAUCAAAACACAUUUGAUGAAAUUGCACAAGAUUACAGAUACUGGGAAGAUCCAUCAGAUGAGUACCGAGAUGAGGAAGGAACACUGCUACCUCUCUGGAAAUUUGUAUAUGAAAAAACAAAGAAGAAUAGUGUGACAGCCUUGGUGUGGAAUCCUUGCUACUAUGAUCUCUUUGCUGUGGCCUUUGGCUGUUUUGACUUCAUGAAGCCUCAGCCUGAGGGCGCAAUGUGCCUGUUCACGUUGAAGAAUCCUUCAUUUCCGGAAUAUGUUUGCAGCACAGAAACUGGAGUGAUGUGUGUUGAUAUACACCCCACACAUCCCGCUCUUGUUUGCAUUGGAAAGUAUGAUGGCAGUGUGGCUGUCUAUGAUGUGCAUUCACCUGGAAAGCUGCCACAGUGUGAAAGCAACUCAGUGACCAAUAAACAUUGUGGUGUUGUUUGGCAGGUUCGAUGGGGAAUUGACAUGCCUGAUGGUGAGGUGAACUUCUUCUCCGUGUCUGCAGAUGGCAAUGUGUACAACUGGGUGCUUACACAACAUGAGCUUUCACAGACAUUAAUUAUAUCAUUAUUUUUUUCCUUUGAUCCCAUACCUGGGCCUGAUGGGACAUUAAUUCCACUGACAGGAUGUGGGACAACCAUUGCAUUCCAUCCGACUGAACGGCUUAUCUUCUUGGUUGGCACAGAGGAAGGGAGUGUUUACAAAUGCAGCACUGCAUAUGCCUCCCUUUACUUGGCCACAUAUGAAGCACAUCAUAUGCCUGUAUAUAAAGUGGAUUAUAAUAAGUUCUGUCCUGACAUAUUCAUUUCAUGCAGUGCAGACUGGAGAGCAAAAAUAUGGGAAGAUACACGAAGUGAUCCACUUUUUGUGUUUGACUUGGGAUGUGAAAUAGCAGAUGUGGAAUGGGCCCCUUAUUCUAGCACUGUUUUUGCUGCUGUAACAAAUGAUGGGAAAGUUCAUGUCUUUGACUUGAAUGUGAACAAGUACAGGCCCAUUUGUGUGCAAGCUGUAGUGAAUAGGAAACGGAACAGAUUGACACGCAUAGCAUUUAACCAUAAACUUCCCAUCAUAAUUGUUGGAGAUGACAGAGGUUGCAUCACUGCUCUCAAACUGUCACCAAAUCUCCGUAAGAAAGUGAAACCACCAAAGAAAGGUCCAGUCCUUACUGAGAGGGAGCUUGAACUAAUGAAGUUGGAGAAACUUCUGGCACUGGUACGAGAACCUCCAACUCCGACACCACUUCCAGAUUAUCCUGCUCCUGUAGAUUCAUAAUAAAUUAACAUACUCAGUAAAAACUUCCAUUUGAAAUUUAAGUACAAGUAGUUCAGAAUCAUAUAUGUGAUGUUUUAUUGAUACAGACAUGUUAUAAAAAUGAAAUAAGAUAGAAUACUCGAAUGAUUUUUCCCUAGUCAUGUAUUAUUGUUGCAAUACUGAUGAAGCAGAGUUAAACCGAAAAUAAUUUACAUGUGCAUAUAUAGUGUGUUCCAGAACAUAUUGGCCAAAUUUCAGGAGCAUCCAUGAUUUAUUUAAACCGUC